GUGGAUCUCAUGAUCAUUAGGGAGUUUCAGGGUGGGACAAGUUGUCUCAGUGGAUGCUGGAGGUGGGAAAAGGCGCAGGAGAGAGCCACGUCCAACGGGAGGGGAGGGAGCGACGCAUUCUCCCCCAGUACUUUCAAGCAGCGUCCACACUCACUGAAGACUGAUCUCUGCUCAGUGACGUGUUUUCUAUUAGCCCCUCAUACAUCCAAGCUGCGCGUCGGAGCUGCACGCCUCUAGUCAUCGCCAGCCAAACGCCAUCCUCGCGUUUAUUCUCUCCAUUCCGCGUCGCCGUCUUCUCAUCCCGCGUCAUCCCUCCAUCUCGACGCCUCAGAGACCCCGAAGGAGGUAAGUCAUCGAUCAUUUGGACCACACUGUUGAUCUGCGCUCCGUCACUGGGAACUGCUCCACGCCACACUGGUUUGUUCUGGAACUUGGAGCAUCAGCUCAGCGGAGCUGGCAUCAUGGGCCCUCGUGCACGAGCUUCCUGCUAACAGAAGACAAUACUGGGAGCCAGACAAGUGUACAAGCAACAACCCUCGGCACAACCAACUUUCCACUGUGAAAGGCGGAACAAGAAGACGAAGAAGAAGAAGCAGCAGCGAGAGUCCAGCGUAAAAGAGGGAGAGAGGGAAGUGGGCGGGAUAGUCGAUGGAUGCUGUCCGGAUUGAGGGGACAGCACUUUCUUCACUGUCGAGGAAAAGAAAGAUUUCAAAAUUGAGUCGAAGGAUAGAAACACGCCAUCAGGCAUGGUGUGUGAGAAGGGGAUCCAGAUCCUUCUCACCACCGUGGGGGCAUUCGCUGCCUUCGGCCUGAUGACAGUGGCAAUAGGGACGGACUACUGGCUGUAUUCUCGUGCCCUUAUCUGCAACAGCACGGCCAAUGUUUCGCAGGACGAUCCCCACAAUAAGGACAAGAAGGACCCUGGAGCACUCACCCACUCUGGACUGUGGAGGAUAUGUUGCCUUGAAGGAGUCAAAAGGGGUGUGUGUUCCCAGAUCAACCACUUCCCAGAAGAUGCAGACUUCGACCAUGAUGGUGCUGAAUAUGUCCUGCGGGUUGUAAGGGCUUCCAACAUCUUUCCCAUCCUCAGUGCCAUCCUUCUGCUCAUGGGAGGUGUGUGCAUCGCUGCUAGCCGUUUCUACAAGAGUAAAAGGAACAUCAUUCUUGGAGCAGGAAUCCUUUUUGUGGCUGCAGGUUUGAGCAACAUCAUUGGUGUGAUCGUCUAUAUCUCGGCGGCACUUGGCGACAUCUCUCCAAAGAAGGACGAGGACAAGAAGUGGCAAUACUCCUACGGCUGGUCUUUUUACUUUGGGGGCCUGUCGUUCAUCAUGGCCGAGAUGGUUGGCGUCCUCGCCGUCAACAUCUACAUUGAGAAGAACAAGGAGCUGCGGUGUCGCUCACGCACCGACAUCUUCAAGACGACCACACAUGCCAUGCUGCGCCUGCCCAGCUACCGCUUCCGCCGCAGAUCCCGCUCUUCGUCCAGAUCGACAGACCCCUCACGCUCACGAGACCCCUCACCAGUAGGGGGAGGUGGAGGGAAGAACUUUGGUCUUCCUCCAUCUGCGCUUCUGUCCCAAGGUCCCAUUUCAGUUUCUACAUUACCCAACCCUCACUCUCGCUCUCACACAGCUCUGGCUGGAGGUGAUAUCUCGCUCUACACGCUGUCCCGUGACCCUAAACUUGGGGGUCUGCCACCGAUGUACGGAACGGUUGACAGGGCCACUCUCUACCAGCUCCACAACUGCUUCCCAAAGGAAGGAGGGGGAGGAGGUGUGAUGAUGAGUGGCACACUUCCUUCACUUAAGUCACACAAUCCGUCCAAUUCCAACUCCAACGCUCCAAUGUCCAACUCAGUGGGAUCUGGUCCUCCACCUUUCACCUCAUCCACCAUAGACCGGGAGCGAGGGAUGGGGACACUAGACAGGCUGAAGGGAGACCGAGAGAGCAACUCCAAUACUCUCAACAGGAAGACCACACCAGUGUAGAGGGGCGAAUGGAAAAGAAAAAGUGUCCGCUGAAUCUCUGCAGACAAAAGAAAGAGUAAUAACUGAGAGAUAAUAACAACAACAAUGAACCUUUACAAGCUAUUUUAAGAAAUUAUUUAUUUUGCUAUUGACAUAAUGCAAUUAACUGUGACUCCGCACCAAAAAGCUUGUCACAUUGUCAUGCAAUAAUAGCGAUAAUUUAACCAGAUCAUCGUGCGUGUCGAUUGUUGUUGUAAUUGUCCUGUGUUAUUACCAGUGUGGGCAACUUACUUGCUCUAGUUUUAGACCUCGAAAGACUAUAACUGUGCGUUUCUCUCCACACAAGCUGUGUUCAAGUGUCAAACGUUGAGCAUGGGUGUGCACAAUUCAUCGGAGAAUGAAAGCUUGUUUUUUUUUUUUGUUUUUGCUUUUUUUGGACCCCAUAUGAGUCAUUUGUGAAUACUGUAAAUUGUCUUCCAAUAUGAAUACAAAAAGAAAUGCAACAACAAACGUGAGCGACUGUGACCACCUUGUUAAAACAAGUUUACGACGAGCCUGUCUUAUUUCCAUUCUACUCCGUGUUAACAGUAGUUAUUGUAGCUAUAGUCGUGUUGAUGCUGUUCGUUCUUGGGCAUUAACAAAAACCUCAGCAGAAAAAUACGGAAAUACAUUUGUACAGAGUCGGGCAAAGGUUGCUGCCUGAGCAGAAAAAAAAACAACUAUUUUUUUCAAUGAAAUGUCCUAAAGUGACACAUGCAACUCAUCAGUGGCAAAAAAUAUACAUUGUGUAUGUGUGGUUUCAAGGGGAUGCAUUGUCGAGACAUUUCAGAGGAUAAAUCCACAUUGUAAUUUACGCAUAUAUUUGUCUAAACACGUUUUUCAGGACCACUGUUGAACCUGGGUCUGUAUUUUUGGCAGUUUUGCUGAAGUUUCUUUCCCUUGGACUCUUGUUCAGUGGUCUACUCCACCCACCUCUGCUCAUCAGUGGUCGUCUGAUGGCUUGUGGUCUAACAACUGACAAUCCCUGAACUCUCCCAAAGGUUUUGUUCACUGUGCUUCCACUGCUGAUCCCCCAUUUGGAACUGGUUCUGUUUCUGUUCUUGAGAAUGUAAAAAUAUGUCAACGACCUGCGCCGACCACCGACCCAAGAGAAAUGGACCAGGCUGUGGGAUGAAGAAGACGCUCAGCAGAAGUCAUGUUUCUUUUAUGAAUUUGAGAAGAUGUGAUAAACCUGCACACAGAUAGCAUUUAUGUGGGCAAUAUAAAUAGUAUGUAGUGGAGAAUAGAUUUACUAGACAAACGACUUUGGUUUAUCGAAAUGUGAGAUAAACCCAAACACUGUAUUGCACGAAAUUUAUAGAAAAAAUGAAUAAUAAUAAUAAU